AUGGAUAAAGUUAUUGAAAUACCAACACUUCCGAAAGUAUCACCGACUAGUACAUUUGGUGAAGAAGUUGGUGGUAGUGAUACAGUUGAACGACCAAAAAAUGAUAGUGAUUACUAUGAAUUUUAUGAACAAUUAGAUAGAAUUGUACAAAGAGAUGAGGAAGUAAUUGAAAAUUUUAGUAAAACAUUAAAAUCUAUUAAAAUAGGUGAGGAAUUGGAUUUAAAAGCUGUUGAUAAUUCAAAAACCAACUUUGAUCCAGUUAGUAAAUUUGAUAUAACCGAAGAAGAUAUAAUACGAGGGUCAAGUAGAGAAGAAUAUCUUCAAAUAGUCGGUGAAUGUAGUUUAAUGGAUGAUGAUGAUAUUUUUAUUGAGAUAGAGUUACCAAAAAUUAAAAAAACAAGACAUCGUAAAAUUGAUAAAGACAUAGGUUUGAAGAAUAAACAAUUAAUUCUUCAGCGUAAACUACAACAAUUAUCAAAUGAACAUCAAAUGAGAGAGGAGAAAUUGGAACAACAAAAUUUAUAUGAACAAAAAGAAAGGUUAGAAACAAUUACUUAUUUUAAGAAAAGUGACCCUAAGGAAAACAGUUCGCAGACAAAAAUUAGGUCGAGCAAAAAAGAAAAAACCGAUCCUACCAUGGCUUCUUUACCAAAAGAAUAUAAAGGUUUAAAAAGGCAAUUAGGUUAUAUGAAGACUUACGCUCGUAAAGCAGAAGAUGAACGUGACGAAGCCAAAAAAGCUUUAGUUAAGGUUCAACAGGAUAUUGCGCAAAUGAAUGAUCAAUUUGAAAACUUAAGGGCAUCUGUUCAAAUCCAUUAUCAAAGAACCACUCAAACACCCAAUAUCAUAUUUCCUACUCGGUCAAUUUCUUCGUCAUCUUUAGAAUUCUCAGCGAAGCGUUUUUUAAGUGAUCCCUUAGAUAUUAAUGGAUCGGAAAAUAUCAAUAUGUUUCCUCAGGAAAAUAUAAAAUAUUUUGAAUAA